CCUUGUCUCCUCUCCUUAAAUUUCAUAGCUCUGAGAAGAAGAAAGAGAGCAGUUUUUUGGGGUCGGUGCCGUGUCUGUUGUUACAUUCUUUCUAUUAACUAAUACCCUCUCUCUCUCUCCUUUUCAAAGAUCCCUCGAUCCAUUCCCAGCAAAGCUUCUUUUGUCAUCACGUGACUUUUCCUGACCUCACGUGGGCGAAUGGGACCCAGUAGAAAAUUGGAUAACGAUGAUCUGGUUCGCUUGUUUGGGCAGAGAAGAUUUCUACAUUCCCAAUACCAUGCUUGUUUAUUAUUUUUCUCCUUUUUAUUCCGUUGAUUUGGGUUUGGUUUUACUACGUCAAAUUUAGAUCCUUGUUUUUGAUCAGUAGCAUUUAUGGGAGAAUUCUAUAUUUCUGAACAAGUUUCUACCAUCCAUUCAACAGUUUGCAGGGAUGUUGUGAGGAACUUGAGGCUUCUUCCCGAAUAUUUUGCAUUUGGACCCGUAGUUGAUGAUUUUUUCAUACGUCUUGUGACCUUAAGUUCAUAUUUAAGUCGUCGAUUCAUUCGCUUUGUUGAGGAUGUUGUGUCUAGAGAUGUCGACAGAUGCUGGCAAGAUCCAGAAGUUUCAUUUUAUGAAAAGUGUGAGAGAUACUUCUGUAGCAGUGAUGAAUCCAAAAUCGGAGAUUGCUCAACCUCUUCCAAUCCUUCUGGUGGCAGCACAAAUCUUCCAAUGUGUGACAAAAGAGCAACAUGUCUCAAGGGAAAUCCAUCUGUAAAUACAACUUUCAAUAUUGUUGAAACAACAUAUGGUUUUUGCGAUGGUCGCUCCAUUUUUCGAGGGUUGAUGCUCCCAUUAUUUGGCUUCAGACUGGCAUGGAAAAUGGCAUUUGCCUGUUUUAGAUUUUCCUUCAUUCGUGUGAGGCAUAUUCAAAUGAGAGUACAGAGCUUUAUAUCCCGGGCACGUAGGACACUGCACGGCUCUUCUGAUGAUAUUGGGUGGUUGCAGCGAACUCCAGGAGUACCCCCUGUGGAGGACGGGACAACUAGAUUUAUGGAGCUUCUUCAUCACAUAAGAAAUGGUGAACAUGCUCUGCCUAACUCUUUAGUAUACUUAUUAAUUCCUGGUCUUUUUAGCAAUCACAGCCCCUUGUAUUUCGUGAGCACCAAAAGGUUUUUCUCAAAGAUGGGGCUUGCUUGUCAUAUUGCAAAGAUCCAUAGCGAGGCAUCAGUGGAGCGAAAUGCAUGGGAAUUGAAGCAGUACAUUGAGGAGCUAUAUUGGGGUUCUGGCAAGCGUGUGUUGCUGCUAGGCCACAGCAAAGGCGGGGUCGAUGCUGCUGCAGCAUUGUCGAUUUACUGGUCUGAUUUGAAGGACAAGGUCGCGGGAUUAGCAUUAGUGCAGAGUCCAUAUGGUGGCACCCCAAUUGCUUCUGAUAUCCUGCGUGAAGGCCAGAUUGCUGACAAGGAAGCACGGAGAAUUAUGGAGCUCCUGAUUUGCAAACUGAUUAAGGGUGACAUGCGAGCUCUAGAAGAUCUCACGUACGAGAAGCGCAAGGAGUUUGUCACCAAGCACAAGCUCCCUGAACAAGUACCACUGGUCUCAUUCCACACGGAAGCAAGCAUUGCACCAGGGGUUCUCGCGACGAUGUCCCACAUUGCGCAUGCAGAGCUACCCUGGCUCCCCUUCCCUAGUUUUGGCCAGGAGGAGCUAGAAUCCAGUCCAGCAGGCCGGAAGGUUCCUGUGAUCAUCCCCGUGGCCGCUGCCAUGGCUGUCUGUGCAUUGCAUCUACGGCUCCGAUACAGCGAGAAGAGCGACGGGCUAGUCACCUGUCGGGAUGCAGAAGUCCCAGGCUCAGUCGUGGUGCGGCCUGACAGGAAGCUUGACCAUGCCUGGAUGGUCUACUCCUCAUGGAAGAAGGAUGCUGAUGAGCCUGAUGCUUCUGAGAUGUGUGAGGCGCUUUUGACUUUGCUUGUGGAGAUUGGAAAGAUGAAGCAAGAACAUGCUAGGGGUUGAUUACUCUGUGAACAUGGUAUUAUAUUAUAUUUGUCCUUGGUUUAUGCAAGUGGGGCAAUGGUUUGGUGGUCUACAUGAUCUGAUCUGAUGGGUCUCACCCCAAAUAUCUCCUCAACCCCCACAAUUGGUGGAUUGUGAGUAGAUGGUCAAGGAAAGAAAUGCAUAGAUUUCCCGUGCUUGACUUAAAAAAGGCCAAAAGAUUGGUUGGCAAGGAUCACGGAACCAUGGCCCUGUUUGUAAAGAUCUGAACUAGUUCGAUAUCGAUGUGGUUCCUCCAAUUUGACGGGAAUUACAUCCCUUGUUUGUGUUGUGUUGAAACCAUAAUUCCAAAGGGAAAGAAGAAAGUUUGUCAUAA